UUUUAUUGAUAUUUUAAUUUGAAGUAGAAUUGGAUUACACUGGAUCUUACAGUAGCUAUUUCUUUUUGGAUAAGCUUUACUUUAAGCAUACAUGUAGCUUAUUUAAAGUUUUUCUCCUAACUAAACAAAAGGGUUACAUGUUACAGGAGCUUGGCCAAAAAUUCCCAUCUGAAUGAGUUUUUGAAUUAUUUCAUGCUCUCCAAACUAAGUGUUAUUUGAGAUUAGCUCCAUUCGUGUAGUUUUUGCGUGUCACAAGAGCAAAUUUACUAUUCUGUGAAGAUAAUAGCUAUUACAACACUUCAUCCAAAGUAUAAAAAAUGUAACCUGCUUACAUCACUAUUGGCUACACAUGCUCUAAAGUACAUAAAAACACGUGGGCGUCUGUGUGAAAGACUCCGUGAUGUGAUACUGUCAUGGGACAUCAAAACGGAGAAAAGAAAAUGAAUCUUCAGUGAUUUUGUCCCAAAGCACCACCCACAGCACAUCUGCAUCAUCCAGUCAGUUAGUGAUGCUCCAGUGACUUGUGAGUUAUAAUCCCAUCACAGUUAACUCAAUUGAGAGUAAUCUAAUGUUCAAAGGUCUGUUGGGAGACACGACCACAACAAGGCUGGAUUGUAAAUCUUAAAAUACAAAUUAGUUAUUUCUCACUUUGCUUUAUCAACAGCACAUCCAGAGACACAUCACUAACCCUCUGAGUAUUUAUGAUAUUAAUUAGUAAAUCUCAUAAAGUUAAAGAUGUGAACUAUCCACUAUGUCACAACAAAUACGCGACACAAUGAAGUCCCGUGGUGCCAGUUACACUUAUUAAACUGUCUCGGUUAUUAAACUGUCUUUCGCAAGGGUUGUGAUUUGUGCUGAAAACCCAGAUUUCUCCCCCUCUGUCCAGUCGAGAUGGGUGGAGUUUUAGAGCUUCUCUUUCCCAACCAACUACCGGACACUCCGCCUUUCUGCCCCCGGUAACCGAGCUUCCGUAGACGAGUUCCUGGUCAGACACACGCCGGCAGCUCCACCGCCCUGCCCGCUGGUACUCGACCAACUUUUGUGUUUCUUCCUUUCUCUCGGGAAAAGAAUGCUGAAGAACAAUUUAAAAUAAGCCGACGCCAACUGGGUCAGAGCCGAGACCCCCUUUUGCGCCUCCUUGGUGAGAUUUCACGACUUUUCGUUGCGCUUCGUGUUUGAAGUCAAACAGUUUUUCUCUGAACAUCUGUGAACCGCUGCCUCAGACGCAGGAAAGUGACUCGUCAGCGCAAUAAACGCACUGAGUCACACUCUGUUUCAACAUAUUUAAAGGAGGUUUAAUGAUUCUCUCGACUCCGUGUUCCUCUAAACACUGACUCAUCCGCCCCAGACAGACACCGGGCCGCGGGGCUGGAGCUCCACCAGCUGACCCGGGCCGCCGCCGCCGCUCUCUUGCUCCUGUCAGGUGGAGAAAGGCGUGGCUCUGGGCGUGCGGGCUUUGUUCCACCUGAGUGAGAGUUAUUAGUAACCGGAGACCUGGGGCUGAGCUAGAGCCCGUGUGGAGCAACUCAUAGCGGUUUGUUCCUCUCACAUGAGAAGCUGCCCCGCUUUUUCUUUUUUUCUGAACGGAUCUGUUUUACCGCCUCACGCGCCCGGGUCACGCAGACAUUCAUGAGGAUGGACCGGAAUGAUUGACAACACUUGUCGGGAGUUUUGACCCUAACCAGAGUGGUUCCUGCGCUGCUUACUGAUCGGUGGGACCAUGGCGUUGUCUCAGAUCCAGUGUCUGGACGACCACCACGUCAACUGGCGCGUGAGCGAGAGCAAACCGGAGUUUUUCUACAGCGAGAACCAGCGGCUCGCGAUCGAGGCUCUCAUCGCCAAGGGCCGCGAGGCGUUUACGGACUUCCUCGCCAAGCAUGGCGUACGCGACUUCCUCUCGGAACCGGAGCUGGAGCGCAUCGCCUGCACGGCGGAGGCGUACCGGCCCGGGUACGAGCCCCACCAGAAGCCGGACACUCCGGGCCCGGGGAACGGCGCCCCGAGGUUCGAGGAGGAAGCGGGGGACGGGGAGGUGUCGCUGGAGUACUGGCCUGACCGGUCCGAGGCCUCGGUGGCCGAGCUGGACCUGGGAUGGCCCGAGGCCAUCUCAUACCGAGGGGUGACGCGCGUCACCGUGCACACGCAGCCUCCGACCGAGGGCAACACGCAUAUCAAGGAGGUGGUGCGCAAGAGCAUUGCAUCAGCCCAGAAGGUCAUUGCCGUGGUGAUGGAUGUGUUCACAGACGUGGACAUCUUUCGAGACCUGCUGGACGCGUCCUACAAACGCAAAAUUCCCGUGUACAUAAUCAUCGACAUGGCUGCAGUGCAAAGCUUCCUUUCCAUGUGUGCCAGGGCUGAUAUGCACCGAGGACACCUAAAGAAUCUGCGGGUACGCUGCUGUGGAGGUGUGGAGUUCUUCACGCGGACUGCAAAGAAGGUGCGUGGAUCUCUGAGCCAGAGGUUCCUCCUGGUAGAUGGAGACAGAGCCAUCUCCGGGUCGUACAGUUUCACUUGGUCCUCAUCUCGCUUGGACCGCAACCUCAUCACCGUGGUGACGGGGCAGGCCGUGGAGACCUUCGACGUGCAGUUUCGCGACCUUUACCUCGUGUCCAGAGGCGUGUCUCUUAGCAAGGUUCCCAUCGCAGAUGAACCAAUCCGUGAACCGCUUCCUCAGGCGGCUCCUGCUCCGGUGUCAUCCACGGUUGCUAGGAAGCUCAUCAAUCCCAAGUAUGCUCUUGUUGCUGCGGGGACGCACACAAGCCCCACCUCCUCUGACCAGAACUCCAGCAACAAGAACUCAAACUCCCAGAAUCCCACGGGGUUAAAAAUAUUGAAGGGACGUCAUAAGGAGGUUAUCAAAGUGCCACCCUUACAUCCGGGACUAGCCGAUCUGGAGAAGGCGUACCUGAUCCCGUACCUGCCUACCUGGCCAGAGCCAGACCCGCCAAGUGAUGUAAUUGGCUUCAUCAACAUAAGGGAUGAAAAGAGAGCCAAUCAGGUUCACCUACAGAGGUCAGAGAGGUUUGAGGUUAGUCAAGCUAUACGCUUCAGCUCACCGUUGACGGCACCUGCCAAAACGCCAGAUCAGGAAGCAACGCCUGAAGCAACACAUGAAAAUCCGCCUGGGAAUACAAGCCUGAAUACCUCUGCUCCCAUUAGUCCAGCUCAGAAACAAGUCGAGGUGCAAGCAACUCAGAAUAAAGCCCAGUCUGAUAAAACAGAUUCCCCUCAGCAGCCCAACACAACUCCAGCACAGGACUCAAACAAACCAAAUGCACAGACUUCUCCAUCAGCGUCCAAAGUUGCUGCCGAUUCCCAGCCAACAGAUAACGUCGGACAAACUCCAGAACCCGCUGCACCUCCUGUUCCCAAACGCCGCACGCUGCAAUUAGUCAUAGACGCGGCCCCCUCAGAGCAGCCUGACCAACCCCAGGUCACUCUGAUUAAAAUGGACCAAGUGGAAAGUCUGGAUAACUCAUUGAGCAAAGACGAAGACCAGGAGGAUCUGACCGAAGUCCAUGGCCGCAUACUGGUAAAGGAUGACUCCAGAGACUCUGGCAGCAACGGUGGCGGCAGCCAAGACAGCACCAAGGUCAUGUGUGACCGAGCAGCCGAUGACAACCCUUCAAGUACUUCCACGGUAUCGGAGGAGGAGUUUUACGAUUGUUCCCAGGCUCAGCCAGGAGACCCGUUGACCAAUGGAGUGACGACGGGGUCAGGAAGAGGACAUCGUCAAGGAGAUGGGGUCAACAUGAUGGCCCGCUUCUCUCAAAGCAUGCUGGACCUGCGCGAUCCCAGCCAGUCAGAGGACAGCGCCGCCCUCAUCCGCGAAUCACAGCAGCUGCGCAGAGGGUCCUCCCCACACAGACACAUAGGACUGUUGUUUCAGAGCUCUAGAUCUCCGGGCCGUGAUAUGAGACUGAGGGGGCCUAAAGUAGUCAUCGCUAAACCGGGAAGUUUUCAUCGGCCCACUCGAGCAUCUGGCCCGGUGAUAGGGGGACACCGAUACUGGCAGGGCCAAAUGCUUCAUCCCAACUACGCCGGGUCACAGGAAUUGAGCGCGAAUACCCGCUCCGGGCGGUCUCCACGGCGACACAGCCCAAGCUAUAGGAAGACUUCGUCUCCGCAGCCGCCACCAAACCCGUCAGGGUUACUAGGAGUACCUCUCUCAAAACUCAGCAAUUUUAGAAACUUGAAGGCGAAAGGAGGAGCGUUGCAGAAGAAAGCGUCUCAGAACAAUAAGGCUGACCGGUAGAACUGUGGACCGAGUACAGGUACACAAGGAGGUUUGUUGACGCACUUCCUACUAACUGUAAGUCUGGUGACCGGUGACACUUUGCUGAGGAAUCUUUUCCUACCUGUUUUGGAACCCUGGGGUGAAACAUGCAAGAACUAUUUUGCCUGGAUUUUUUUGUUUUUGUUCUUUGUGAAUGUAGAGAAGUGCCUGACAAUGUAUUUCACAAGCACAUAGAGAACAGCCUGUGAGUAGAUAAAACUCUGAUAGUAAAACAUCAGAUGACAUUUGUGUUUACAAUCAUAUGCAUAAAAAGGACAGCGUGGAUCCUUCCAGUCACUUCAUCAAAGGUGUUGUGUAGAUGAUCAGUCAGAGCAGGUGUGGUGCCAUAUUUGGUCAGCUGUGAUAUUCUUUUCUGCCAACUCAGGCACUUCAGUCUUGUAAAAAAAAAAUCCUUCGAACAAAGGUUUCUAAAUUACCUCAACUGCUUUUAUUCUUUUACUGUAAUGUUUUUCAUUGUCUAGCCUUCACAGAUUCCUGUGACUGGCUUAGUGGUGGUGAGAAGACAGGGCUAUCAUUUUAAAGCUUUAAAAAUAUUUGACAAAUGUCAUUGAUGAUGUAUAUGUGUGUGGAUUUAGCAACAGGAAGCGGUAAAAACACUGACGUGACACCUGAAGUGAACGCUGUAAAUAAAAACACAGAUUGUUGGUGAACUAGCUCUGUUGUUCAGCUAGUUCAGUAGUUGAUUGAUAAUAUAAAAUAUGAAUGUUCAAGAAAAUGUAUCAGACAUCAGGGAAUAAUCCAGUUUAAUGUCUGUUGUAGUGUUUCAGUGUAAUGUGUCUGUGUAUGAGCACAGCGAGGUGUGUUUUAGUUUUUCUUUUCUUGCCUGGUGUACUGCAGAAAAAUGUAACUGACUGUUGAAAGAUGUUUGACGGCCGUAUGUUAAUGGCACUGAAUCAUGGACUGGCUAACAGGGUGGAGCCUGAUCAUCUUCCUUUGCUGAGAUUUAUGGAUGCAGCCAUGUUGGUAGAACAGGGUGUAGUUGGGCGAUAAUAGUGAGAAACAAAACCAACCAAUGAUAUUUAAGAGGUCAUAUCAAAGGAAAGACAACUGUGACGUAAACGUCACAUUCAAUUUUCGUGAACUUCCUGCUCUACUUACAAUGAAUUUUCCCUGUUUGAUAUCAGUACGCUAUUUUUUGUUAAACGUAGAAAAUAAGCAGAUGUCAACAGACCAAUGGUGCUACAUCCUUGAAUUUUAGAAACUAGGUAUAACUGGUACAACUACAAAAUGAGACAUGAUGAAUAAAUAAACUUCAGUAUUGUCACUUGGAA